AUGGUGGCAACAUACGAGGAGAGUCGGAGGAAGAGAUUGGAAGAGAACAGGAAGAGAAUGGAAGCCCUCAAUCUGCCCCAUCUUUCUCAAGCUCUUCACAACUCACUUUCUCCCAAAUCCUCUCCGUCGAAGCACCCCAAAUCUCGCACACUCCACAGAGAGGUUGUUGUGGUAAGAAGGUCCAGUCGUGUUGCCAACAUGCCCAUUCCCGUUUACAAAGAAGUCGUUAUUGAUCGCGUCACGAUACCCAGAAGAAGUUACAAUAGGCAUAGGGAUUUUUCGAAUCGGGUGUAUGCUUCAGAAGAAGCCAGAGAGGAAGCUCUGGAGAAAGCAGAUGAGUUAUUGUCGGAAUUACAAUCUGAAUAUCCAACCUUCAUAAAGUCAAUGCUUCAGUCCCACGUCAGCGGGGGAUUCUGGCUGGGCCUUCCGGUCCAGUUCUGCAAGGCAAAUCUUCCAAAAGGGGACGAAGUGUUUACUUUGAUUGAUGAAGAUGGGAAUGAGUAUCCAACAAUAUAUUUGGCCCGAAAAACAGGACUUAGUGGUGGAUGGAAAGGUUUUGCUGUUGCUCAUAACCUGGCUGAUGGGGACGCUUUGAUCUUUCAAUUGAUUAAGCGCACCACAUUCAAGGUGUACAUUGUUAGAGUGAAUAGUCCUCCAGAGGGUGAACAGCUUAAAUGA